GGAGAGAAGACCUGUGUGAGCCCCUGACUGACUCAUUCACCCAUGGGAGUUUGAAGUGACAGAAUAAAUCUACAGAGACGAGGCUCAGGAUAACAUUUCAGAGAGCUGAGAGCAGACAGGCACAUACACACAGACAAACAGCUGAGUGAGAGACAGACAGAUAUACAGAUCAUCCACAAAGAGACAAGAGUUGGAGUCAUUGUCAUGUUGGUGGUGUUACUGAUCCUGCAUGCCGUGUCCUGUGCCCAUUCUCACGGGUCGCCGGGUGCCGCUGUGCCUGUUAAGCAGUGUCCGUCUGCUUGCCAGUGUGAGGAGGAUGGCAUCCUGCUUCUGGUGGACUGCUCCGAACAAGGACUAUCCAGUGUGCCAACUGAUCUGAGUCCUUUGACAUCUUACCUGGAUCUCAGCAUGAACAAUAUCAGCGAGAUUCAGCCCAAUGCUUUCCGCAACCUGCACUUCCUUAGUGAACUAAGACUCUCGGGCAACCACCUGAGACACAUCCCUGGCCCCAUGCUCCAAGGACUCUACAACCUCAAAGUCCUGAUGUUGCAGAAUAACCAGUUAGAGCGAUUGCCCAGUGAAGACCCAUGGGAAUUACCCAAUUUGCUGUCUCUGCGUCUGGAUGCCAACCUGAUUAUGGAGGUGCCAGCAAGGACCCUCUCGGGUAUGCGGUCCCUGCGGCACUUGUGGCUUGAUGAUAAUGCCCUGACAGAGAUCCCAGUGAGCGCCCUCAAUGACCUCUCCUCACUCCAAGCUAUGACCCUUGCCUUAAACCGCAUCACCCAUAUCCCAGACUAUGCCUUCAGGAACCUCUCAAAUCUAGUUGUCCUGCAUCUUCAUAACAACAUGAUCCGGACCCUUGGACAGAACUGCUUUGAGGGACUGCAUAGCCUCGAGACUCUGGAACUGAACUUUAAUGACCUUCAAGAGUUCCCCAUGGCAAUUCGCACACUGGCCAAGCUUCAGGAACUGGGAUUCCACAACAAUAACAUUAAGGCCAUUCCUGAGAGAGCGUUUGUGGGGAAUCCACUUCUGCAGACCAUUCAUUUCUAUGAGAAUCCCAUUCAGUUUGUUGGCAGAUCAGCAUUUCAGUUCUUGCCAAAGCUGCACACACUCUCUUUGAACGGGGCCACUGAGAUCCGAGAGUUUCCAGAUCUGAAAGGAACCACCAGUCUGCAAGUUCUUACACUGACCCGCGCUGGACUGACCGGCCUGCCAUAUGAUCUCUGCCACCUGCUGCCAAAAUUAAAAGUGCUGGAAUUGUCUCACAAUGUCAUCGAAGAGCUGCCAAGUUUUUACCACUGCACUUCUCUUCAAGAGAUAGGCCUGCAGCACAAUCUGAUCAAACAGAUUGAGAUGAACACAUUCCAGCAGCUCAGCUCUCUGCGCUCUCUGGACCUAAGCUGGAACACAAUCAACUCCAUCCACCCUGAUGCCUUUUUCUCUCUUCAGUCUCUCAUUAAACUAGAUCUCACUGGGAAUCGACUGAGUAAUUUCCCGAUGACUGGACUAACAAGUCUUACUCAUCUCAAACUGAAAGGCAACAUGGCACUGUCGCGUUACUUCGGAUUGGAGGAUUUCCCCAGCAUAAGGGUCAUCGAGAUGCCAUAUGCCUAUCAGUGCUGUGUUUUUGGAGGCUGUAACAGUUACAGAUCUGCCAGCCAGUGGGAGGAACAGAUGGGCAGUGAAGAGGAAGAUUUCCUGAAGAAAUCUCCGUCUCUGUUCCCCAUUCAGACUGACAACAACUAUGACCUUGACUUAGAAGACUUCCACUUAGCAAUUGAAGAGUCCAAGCUACAGACCAGCAUACAGUGCACCCCCAUUCCAGGUCCAUUUAAACCAUGUGAUAACCUGUUUGACAGUUGGGUGGUACGACUUGGCAUGUGGCUCAUUUCUUUGGUCUCGCUGAUGGGAAACAGCCUUCUCAUCCUGACAGUCUUCACAUCCCCCAGCUAUCUCUCUCCUGUUAAGUUUAUUAUUGGAACCAUUAGUGGUGCCAACCUGCUAACAGGCCUAUGCACUGGAACCUUGGCACUAGUUGAUGCCCGGACAUUUGGAGAGUUUGCCCUGCAUGGUGCUCAGUGGGAAAUGGGAGCAGGUUGCCAAGCAGUAGGCUUUCUUUCAGUGCUGGCCUCCGAGGGCUCCAUACUCUUCCUGACUUUGGCUGCAGUGCAGUGCAGUGUGUCUGUCUCAUGUGCCCGCGCUUAUGGAAAGUCACCAUCUUUGGGAAGUGUCCGAGCUGUUGCAGUUGCAUGCUUGGCACUUUCAUUGGCAGUCGCUGCUUUGCCACUAAUUGGGGUCGGAGAGUACGGGGCAACUCCACUCUGCAUGCCAUCACCUCUACCACAUGGAGAACCUUCCACAUUGGGAUUCAUGGUUGCUCUCAUAAUGAUGAACUCUUUGUGUUUCCUGGUGAUCACUGGAACUUACAUCAAGCUGUACUGGGACUUGAUGAAGGGCGACUUUGACAGCAUUUGGGAUUGUGCCAUGAUCAAGCAUGUGGCUUGGCUCAUCUUCACCAACUGCCUGCUCUAUUGCCCCGUUGCCUUCCUCACCUUCUCCUCCCUUCUAGGCCUCUUUCCGGUAAGUGAGGAGGUUGUCAAAUCUGUCGUCCUAGUGCUUUUGCCUCUUCCAGCAAGCAUCAACCCUUUGCUCUACCUUCUCUUCAAUCCACACUUCCGUGAAGACAUGCGUCACCUUUUGAGCAGAGCUCACCUCAAUCAUGAUCACAACCUGGAUUCCUUUGUCUCAGUUGACACAGAGAAAAGCUCCUAUGACUCCACUCAAGCCCUGGUGUCCUUUGCCACUGAAGCAGAUGGGGUGUUUGAAAGUUCCUCAGUCCCAAACCCAGAGACAGUUGCCCGGUUUACUUGCUCACCCUCGGUGCCUCUGAUUCCAUGCCAGAUGCAGAUGAAACCAUCAACAGACAGGGAGAACACUGGAGAGAAUCUGAUCAGAUCAGCAGCAGGACUUAUUGCCAAAGAGCAGGAGCACAUUAGAAGCAGUGGAGUGGACACUCAGAAUGGCACCUCCUUAUUCUCUGGAGUCUACCACUCCACAGUUCCUUCAGGUCAUUCUUAGGUCUUCUCCUAAACUGUAUAGUUUUCUAAGAUCCUCUGAGUGUGAGAAGUCAUGAGCCCACAAAAGAAAUAAGCCUGAAAAACUACAGAGCUAAUGAUCAAUGAACUGAUUAAUCAUGGGACUAUAUAUAUAACCAUAAUGUCCCAACUGCUAGAUGGCAUUGUAAAAAUAAUCAAAUAAAAGAUAAGACUAGAAAAGCAUUACAUGUUGUGCUACACUCACAUAAAUAAAGGUACAAAACCUGUCACUGGGGUUGUAUCUUUUCAAAAGAUGCAUUUUUGUACAUAACAGGUCCACAUUGGUACCAAAUAAGUACAAAUGUGUACAUUAAAGGUACGUUAUUUCUAAGAGUGUACAAUCUUGUGGGUCAUUCAAUAAUUUAAGCAGCAAUGUUCAAAAACAAAUUUGCAUUUAUAUAUUUUUUGUAACUUUGUAAAUUGUUUGUGUAAUUAGGAUUAAAAGAAUGUUACAGGUUAAAUAUUGAUAUUAUUUGUGGAAUACUGGUGAUUCUUAAAGAAAACGGUAUCUUGUUUUACUCAAUACUUUAGUAAAAAAAAAAAAAAACAUGUAUAAAGGAAGUUUUUGGGGCAAAGAACUUCAGUAUGAACAGACAAAUUCUAGAAAAUGAUGACAAAGCCCAUUCACAUCUAAGGUGAGAUUUUUAACAAUAGAAAUGUAGAUUAUAUUAGUCAAAAAAAAAAAAAAAAGAAUAGCAGGUCACAUCACAUCUAUAACAAGAACAGCACAGACAAAAUAUACUUUUAGAUCUUUUUCUGAUUUUUAUAUUUAUUUUUCAGUUAAUUAACAAUAAAAACAAACAACCAUUACAUAUGAAUCAAGCUCUAAAAAGAGCUAGUGAGAUAUGAAUAUAUUUACCAAUCUUGGUUGUGUUUAGGUCAUGACAUACGAUACACUAACAUGAUGUUGGUUAUACAUACCCAAAAAUUUAUUUACCUUGCAAAACCUCUUACUUUUAUGCAUUAAUUUCCAUGUGUAUGUAAAUCACUUGCCCCUAGUGAAUGAAAAUGUGUGGUAAAGUAUAUAUUGAUGUACAUUGUUGAAAAGUGUAUAGCGUCUUGAGAAAAGAAAAGGUGCUAAAGCAUAAGGCCAGAAACAUACUCUCUGCAAGUACUCGUAAGGCUUGCCCAACACUCUGCAAAUUCUACUGAACAUUAUUAACAUGCUUAUCUCCAAAUAUCAGUGUCAUGAAUUCAGAUAGCAAGCUAUAAACAUGUUGACGACUAAUUUUAUCUGAUUGAUUUGUCUCCUACUGUUAUUCCACCAAGAAAGAUGUUAUUCUGUACAAAAAUGUUCCAUUGUUGUAAUUAUCUACUGCUGUUCCACCAGGAAAGAUGUUCUAUACAAAAAUGUUUCAUUGUGGUAAUUUAGAAAAUUGAACUUCAACUCUGAAAACUCUACUGACACAAUCUACUACAACUUCUAUGUUAAACUGCUUUGACACACUCUGCAUUGUAAAAGCGCUAUAGAAAUAAAGAUUAAUUGAACUGGAUUGAAUUCAAACCAUAACCUGAGAGGAACUCUGAGAAUGCAAUACAAGAAAUAUCUAAAUACUAAAAAUCAAGCUUGCGUAGCUAGAAGCAUUAGCACUUCUGCACUUGCAUAGAGUAUGUUUGAGCCUCACAACAUUGUAUU